AUGGACAACAACUCGCCGCGUUCCUCCAGGCGUGCAUCUGUCGUCUCACGCGUCAACUCGUCCUAUUCACUCGCUGGCUCAACACGCCACAUGCUGGCCGACAUGAACAACUCCUCAACUUCGGACUCUACCACCGGCCUCCUCGAGCCUCCUAGUGCACCAUUCGCCGGCAAGCGAACACCGGACAGCCUCACUCUCUCGUCUGGGAAGGGAAGCAACCUCUCCCUGAGCGUCAACUACAUCCCCAACAAGUUUUCGGCAUCCAUAGUUUCGCCGGUUGGUGCACGGUUCCGUGGUGCGAAGAGCAAUGGACCGAGUCUCCCGAAGAGAGGCGGUGGGCUAGAUGCUUUCAAGAGCAACGAGGCGCGGAUGCCGCAGGGGCGGAAUAGGCUGAGGUGGAACAAGUUCAAGUGGAUCCUGUUGGCGACGAACACCCUGUUGACGUUAUACUCCCUGAGCGCGCUCGUCGUCUGCCUCCUCACCUGGUUCGACGUCUGGACGCACGCCGACGUCAUCCGCACCGGCAACCGCCCCGAGCUCAUCCUCUCCACCCUCGCAGCCUCCAUCGGGAUCUUCACCGCCGUCAUCGGCUGGGCCGGCAUCCUGCUCAACAACCGCGGGUUCCUCGCAUGGUACACCUUCCUCGCAUGGAUCACCUUCAUCUUCCUGCUCGUACCAGGGUACAUCACGUACAAGAAACGCACGUUCAACCUCGAGGGCAAGAUCAACGCGCAGUGGUCGCGGGCGCUCGGCUCGGAGGGAAGGAUGAGGAUCCAGAACCAGCUGCGGUGCUGUGGGUACUUUAGCCCGUUCGUCGAGGCGACGGUCAGCCAGACGUGCUAUGCGAGGAGUAUACUCCCUGGGUGCAAGCUCCCGUAUAUACAGUUUGAGCGGAGGAUUCUUAUGACGUGGUAUACGGCCGUGUUCUCGAUCGUCCCGGCCCAUAUUGGUGUCAUGCUCGCUGGGCUGCUGUGCUCGAACCACAUUACGUACCGCUUUGGAAAGGGUAUGAUGCCCGAGGCUUACCGUCUCAACAUGAACACCAUGGCUGUGGUUAUGGACAACUACGUUAAUCAACUCGCGGAAGAGUACGGUCAAGAAGUCGCUGCGGAGAUCUUGAAGCAAUCUCGGGCCAACCUCCAGAAACUCGAGUCUAUGCCCGCUGUGGGCUACUCGACGGGCACGGUCCAUAGUCACGCCAAGUACGACUCGCUCAACAAUCCGAAGAGCACACCGGACAGCGCCCUAUGA